AUUUAAUCAAAACUGCUAUUCAUUUGCUUAGCUGUCUAGGUAUUACUUGAGUUUCACCGGGGUGACACAGCGCUACAUGCAGAUCUAGAUAUGUAUUCGUUCGUAUUGUGGUUCUAGAAUUCUACAUGUCCACCUAGUAGAUCUAGUAUCGAAUGAUAACUCCAGAAAACCCGCCGGUGGCGAAACUGCCAGAAUUCGUUCGUGAUAUUUAGCUUGCGCGAAAUGCAUCGAGCGACAUCCAUAGACUCGACUUACUGGAUAGGCACCUAUCCUUAGUCAUCUACAUAUACACUAUACUAUGUAAGCUUCUCGGACUGUCGGAGAGCUUGUAGUGGAUCAGAUGUGGAGGUAAGGGAUUGUGGAAAUGAUGGAAAUGUUUAUUUUCCAUGUGGCUUCGAUUAUUAUGUACGUAGUAGAUAUCGGAUUAGAUAAGAUUAGAUUACUAAAAGUUUCGCGGGACCACAUGUACCUAAUUCCACAUACCUAUUCAAUCCUCACUUGGAACACUCUAUGACAAGCCUAGCUACUUUCUCCCCGACUCUUUGACAUGUCAUGGUUUCGUCACUUAAUAAGAGGUAUCAUGGCGUCCGAACCGAAGAGGGUCCCAAUUCCCCGCAACGGUGUUGAUUACAGAGGCAAAAUUGUCCUCGCGCCUAUGGUUCGUUCUGGAGAGCUACCAUCGCGGCUGCUGGCUCUACAUUAUGGUGCCGACUUAGUAUGGGGACCCGAAACUGUGGAUAGGUCCAUGAUCGGAACGACGAGACAGUUCAACCCAGACACCAAGACAAUUGAAUGGACAAGGAAACCAUCUCUAGGUACCAGGAACCCACCGGUCGAUGUGAAAGACAGUGUAAUAUACAGGUUGCACCCCGAGAAAGAAGGACGAAAACUCAUCUUCCAGAUCGGUACCUCGAAUCCCGAUUAUGCGGUACAGGCAGCUAGACAAGUCGCCGCCGACGUCGCAGGUAUCGACGUGAAUGCCGGGUGCCCCAAGCCCUUCAGCACGCACGAUGGCAUGGGAGCCGCUCUACUUCGGACUCCCGAUAAAUUAUGUUCCAUCCUAGAAGCGCUAGUCCAGAAAAUAACGCCCGAAUUCGAGAUCGGGAUAAGCGUCAAGAUUAGGAUUCUCGAGACCGCGCAAGAGACCGAAGCGUUGGUUAGGAGGCUUGUUGCUACUGGUAUAACAGGCCUGACGGUCCACUGCCGAACAACCCCUAUGCGGCCGAGAGAGCGAGCUAUUCGGGGUCAACUCCGUAUGAUAGCAAACCUGUGUCGAGAAGCAGGUGUUGCAUGUCUCAUGAAUGGUGACAUUGAGAAUAGAGACCAAGCGCUCGAGCUUAUGAAAGAAUAUGGUGUCGAUGGUGCCAUGAUAGCAACCCAGGCCGAAAAGAACCCUAGUUGCUUCAGGAGCAAGGCUGACGGGGGUUUCCUGCCGUGGAACCAAGUCGUAGAACAAUAUAUCCGCUACGCCAUGGAGGUCGAAAACAAAUUCGGAAACACCAAAUUCUUACUUUGCCAACUCAUACCGGGGAAGCAGUAUGUGUACCGCUCCCUCAGCAGCUGCAAGAGUUACACACAGAUGUGCCAAUUACUUGGCCUUGAUCAUCUGUUGGAGCGGGCUCGUGAGGUUGACAUUAGCCGCGACAUCGAUCCGGAUACCGCAAGGAAGAAAGAUAAGAAGACCAACGACAGCGCUCUCGCCGCAGGGGGGGACGCUGCAGAGUCGCGGUCGAAACCUCAGGCUAAGAAAAACUUGUCGGAACGAGGGGCUCGCGCCCAGGCAAAAACACCACCCGCCGAAACUAUGGCAAUCCCUGCCUGAGAAUGGGUUAUAGCUUACAUCAUAGGGAUUCGGGAUAGGGAGGUUGGCAUCUAAAGGCGUUGAGCAGGCAUAUAUCCCCUUUUAGGUUUUAGGGUGAGUUGGUGAAUGAAGGCAUUUACAUGGACAUAUACAAGGGGGUAAAAAAAGGGGUUUGCUAAUAUUUGUGGCCGCCAAGG